CAUAUUUUUCCAAUUCACUGUUAGGAGGUGCAUCAAGCCGAUGCUACCUUGCUCGACUAUUCCAGACGAGGAAGAACACCAGCGGGAGAGAUGGCUUCCCGCCUCCAACUCGGCGGCGACAAAACGGUCCUCUUGAGGGUCACCCACUCCAACAUCAAGGGUUUCUCUUCCGAAGUGCGCUUCGAUCUGGAGAUGUCUGUGGAGGCUGCUAAAGAGAAACUAUGGAAGAAAUGCGGAACCUCAGUUGAUUCCAUGCUCCUGGUGCUCUACGACGAUGUGGGCUCCAAGAUCUGCGAUCUUAGCGACAAUGCGAGCCCAUUAGGGUUUUACUUCCCAUUGAACGGGUACCAUAUCAAAGUUAUAGAUCAAGAUCCCUCGUCAGUGAGCUCUGGUGGCUGGUUGGAUGACACCUCAUUAGUUGAGAAGUAUAAAAUUUCAGAAGAAGCCUAUAAUAAACUUGACUCUAAUUUUAGAAAAUUCAAGGAGAAGAUGUUAUCACAAAAUGCAAUGACCCAUGAAAAAAAAUUACCAGAGAACUACGUUGAUGAUCUAUGCAAAAGCAUUAAAGUGGGAGACAGAUGUGAAGUUGAGCCUGGAGAGAAAAGAGGAGUUGUCAAGUUUGUCGGAAAAGUUGAGAAUAGAGGCCCUGGCUUUUGGAUUGGAAUUCAAUUAGAUGAGCCACUGGGGAAACAUGAUGGCAUGGUUAAUGGUAAGCGUUACUUUGAAUGUCUUCCACAACAUGGCAUUUUACUUAGGCCAGAAAAAGUCAAGGUUGGUGAUUACCCAGAAAGGGAUCCGUUUGAUGAAGAGGAGAUAUGAGCCAUGGAGUUGCGCAACACAAUGAUAUUACUGUUUUGGUUCAACAAUGUCCAUACUGACCGGCCCAACACAUACAGUUUUUAAAUUUAAUAGCUGAAACCAGAUCUUUGUAUAUUAACCUGUUUCGAAAAUCAAUGAUCUGUUUAGAAAUUGAGUUUUCACAAGUCGGCCAAUCCGGUUCUUUUAUUUUUUGUUUGGUUCUUGACUGAUGAAUGAAAGGAAUAAUGUUUCAUUUUUACGACUUCAGCUGGGUAA